AUGCGGGGCAGAUUGGCUCUCCCUUUUCCUGCCGUUAGUGCUAGAAAAAUGAUCUCCGGCAAAGACCUCAAGUCGUUGCGCUACGCACUCCAACCGAGCAUAAACUUUAUGAAGAAUUGGGGUCGUCCGCUAUCCGCCUAUGGGGCCGGCGCUGCCCUACUGGCCAUCUAUCUCAUCGACUGGCGCAUCGUCGCGACUCGAAUCCCCUUCUACAGGAAGAAGUUUGAAGAAAAGACAAUUGAAUAG